AUGUUUUCGUUUCAUCAUUCCUUGGAUACUGAUACACAAUCUCUUCUGCAGGCGGCAUGUCAUGCGAAAAGGAAUUACCUUACGUGUCACAUUGAUCGCUUAGUCGUGAAUACUGACCCAGCAACAAUAUGGAGUGGAAUAAUCAAAUACCGGUAUCAAGAUUCUAAUAAUGACGAUAUGGUAGAGUCUUACAAUGAACUUCAGCUUAGCUAUGAAGGCUAUCGCAACAUGGUGUACGAAGUUCUUUUCCAUGUCACACCGGAGCAGGAUUCAGAUGCGUCACAAAAGGUGAGGAAUGAGAGAAAAUCUCUGUUCUUUUCCCACCCAUUUUUAUCACCUGCUGUUUUUCUCGCUUUCAAGAGAUCUGAUAAGGAAACAGUUCCCGCGGUUCCACUUUACGCCUUUGCUGCAAAGCGUUUUCUUUUAUUUCGACUACGUGCGGAGCUUGAGAUUGUGGCGACAAUCCCUCCGCCACUUUUGUGUCCAAGAUCUGCGAUAUCACUUAGGCAAGUGUCAUGCUCAGCAAGUCGUUCAUCACCACUAUCCAACAGCCUUACAGAGAAAGAUCUUGAGAAUUUUAUUUGUAAACUGAUCCCACAUCUCAAGCUAGUUCGUGAUAUGCCACCGUGGAUGCGGUCAUACUAUUUGUGCCAUGCCUCACGGAAGUUUAUGUUCAUGUGUGAUCCACACAAUGUGGGCUCUAUAUCCAUAGAUACUGUCAUGAAGAGUGAUGCAUUUUCGGAAAUGCUACGGCUGUUCGAGAGCAACCCUAAGGAUGCCGUCCUACCGUACCCAGUUGGAUGUGCCGUUGAGGUCUCAGCGAAUCUCAUCAAGUCUGAUCUGGCCUUAGAUGUCAACGCUGAUGAUACAGUACCUGCCAUUGUGGUCUUCUUUGAAAAUGAAGGUUCAGAUAUCAAAGACAGAUACACAGUGCGAGUCUUAGACUCUGACAUUGUCAUUGAUGUUCCCCGAGAUGAUAUUUAUUUUAGCUAUGCUUCCACCGACUAUUAUUCUCAAGGGGUUCUCAACAUGGACAACUGGUUUUCGUUUCCAUUAAUGUAUCGUAUUUAUGAACACUUCACGGCACUCGACAAAGACGAAGACGGAGUGCUAACCUUAGAGGAGAUUAGUCACUAUAGCAAUGACAGCUUUACGCAUCUCGCCAUUAAACGAGUGUUCGAAUGCCACGUUCCUCACACCGGUGAGCGGCAUGUUAUGGACUACAAAACGUAUUUAAAUUUUGUGAUUGCAACGGAGCAUGCGGCCACGCGUGCGGCUAUAAAGUACAUAUGGAAAAUUCUUGACCUCGAUGGCACAUCGUCGUAUAUUCGUGUUGCCACCUUACAUUGUUUCUGCAAAGAGAUCGCGAAUGAACUCGUUCAAAACGGUCUUAUGGUUGACAUAUCCGGACACUUGAUCCUGUCAGAAAUUGUGGACAUGAUUAACCCUAAGUGGCAUGAAUGGAUUACAGUAGAAGAUGUUGAAAAAUCUGGUCAGCAGGCCACUGUUUUGCCAAUACUUUUGAGCUAUCGAAACUUCUUUGCCUAUGAUUCUCGAGAACACAUAGCAGCAACGGCAGCAGACGAAUAUUUAGAGCUACCUGAUACAGAUGCAUGAGAGAGAAGAUAAGACCACCCCAAGAACAUAGAGAAGAAAAAAAA